AUGACGUCUAUCGGCACUGGCUAUGAUCUUUCUAAUUCAGUCUUCUCCCCAGAUGGCCGCAACUUUCAAGUGGAAUAUGCAGUCAAGGCGGUCGAGAACGGCGGAACGGCCAUUGGUAUCCGAUGCAAGGACGGCGUUGUAUUAGCUGUAGAGAAAAUCAUCACCAGCAAGCUUCUAAAACCGGGCGCAAAUAAGAGAAUAGCAACAGUUGAUCGCCAUGUUGGUAUUGUAUCAGCAGGUCUCGUUCCCGAUGGCCGACACUUCGUUUCCCGAGCUAGAGAUGAGGCCUCUUCGUGGAGAAGUGUGUACAAAGGACCUAUCCCGGUUUCUGCGCUAUCAAACCGCCUAGGUAGCUACGUACAAGCUUACACUCUCUACUCAAGUGUGCGGCCUUUUGGUGUUACCGCUAUCAUCGGAGGUUGGGAUUCCGAGGCUGAGCUUGCUGUCGACGGUCAAGUUGGAAGUGGGCCGAAAUCAGGCUCUGGUGGUAAGCUCGAGGGAGCUCAAACAGGUGGCCCAGGCCUAUAUAUGAUUGAACCAAGUGGGCUUUAUUGGGGGUACUAUGGCGCUGCGACUGGAAAGGGGAGGCAGGCUGCCAAAGCUGAACUUGAAAAAUUAGAUCUGACUUCUGGCAAUCUGAGCUUGCUUGAAGGCGUGAAGGAAGCAGCUCGCAUCAUAUAUGUCGCGCAUGAAGACAGUAAGGACAAGGAAUUCGAGUUGGAGAUGUCCUGGAUAAGUUCAUUAGAUGGACCUACUAAGGGCAGGCACGAAGAGGUUCCAAAGCAACUUCUCGAGGAAGCAGAGAUAGCGGCAAGGAGAGCUUUAGAGGGUGAUGAGGAUGAGGAUGAGGAUGUAACAAAGGUCGAGAAUGAGCGGAUGGAGGAAUAA